GCCCAUUCAAACUCCGGACGGCAUGCCGCAGGGCUCACCCAUCCUGGCGGUCUUAUUUCUUCUAUUCAACGCCCCCUAGCAAGAGGAUGUGGGUCCUUCGACCCCCUAGGAAUGACCGAGGCCUUUGGCUGGGUCAGCGAUGUUUGUAUUUUCGCAAUUUCGCGCACCUACGCUACUAACAAGCAGCUACUCGAGAAAGCCCCGAGUAGGGCAAACCGGUGGUCCUGGCGGGAGUCGUCGAGGUUCGCCCCCGACAAGCUCGAAUUAUUUAAUUUCAAAAACCCCAAUGCCCCAAGAUUGACCAUAAUAUUCCCGACAAAGCCCCGCCAGAGCCAGACAGUACAUGGAGGAUCCCAGACGAAUAGGGGUGCCAUGAUAGCCUCCUUGUAGUGGUCCCCAUCUCGACCGGAGGAACUCUAGUCUAGCCCUCUGAAUCCGCCCCAUAUCUGAGGUUCUGGAUUAAUCAAACCCUCUUGUUCGAUAACCAUAGUGCUAAGGUAGUAAUCAAGUCAAGCGCGCCCCCCGC